AUGUAUAUUAUCCACGUAGAAAACAUGCUCAGGUUGGUCUGCAUUACGGUUCUGUUCUGGAAUGUGUUGGCGGAAGGUCCUUCGGAGAAAGAACGUGAAUACCUCUUGAAACUGCACGCUGAGCUUCGAGAAGAAGUUGAUCCACCUGCCAGCAAUAUGCUUAUGUUGGCGAUUUGGGCCAAAUCGAGCGAAGUUGGUUGUGCCAAGCAUCGCUGUCUUGUGGGACAUGGUAAAGACUACUACUAUCGUGUAAUUUGUCUAUACAGACCCGGCCAAGUGGCUCUGUGGGCGUAUGAGUACGCUGGCGAUCUAGACAAUGAUCGACCCUACGAACAAGGAGAGAGCUGCAGCGACUGUCCUGAAGAUUUUAUAUGUGUUCGCAAGCAGUGUUACCCGAGUGACUCGAGUUCAGCUAGACUGCCGAUGUUCGGAAUUCUAAAUAUCGUAAUGCUUCUGACGUAUAUCAUCAUGUAA